UAUGACCUGAAUUGGUGCAUAAUUCGAGGCCUAGUAUGUGAAAAUCAUUAAUAAUCGCAUUAUUACUUGUCAUAAUGCACAAAAAGCACUUGGUUAAGACCGUAUUAUGCAAAUGACUAAGCUUGAAUUAAUCACUUAGGUUCACAUCUGAUUAGUGUAGAAUCGGCAACAUUUUAUUCCUAUAGGUUCUAUAGGUCCUAUAAUGAGAAUCAUUUUGGUAGGCAAAACCAAAGCUGGGAAUAUUUUAAGUUAGUUUCAACUCGUUUUAACCACUGAAUGCAAAUACAUGAAACUCUUGUACGAAGCAGGUCAUUUCUUGUGAUGUAAAUAUCAUGAAUGCACUAUAUAGGCAGAAGUAUGUGGUCACAACCCCUAAUGAUUGAAUUAAGGUGUUUUAGCCACACCUAUUGCAAACAGGUGUAUACAAUCAUGUGCAUAGCCAUGCAGUCUCCAUAGACAAACACUGACAGUAGAAUAGGUCGUAUUGAAGAGGCUAGUGAGUUUAAAUGAGUCACUGUCAUAGGAUCCACCUAAACAAAUAACAAGACCUAUAAACCCCAAUAUGUGUCCCUCAAAAUGAUAUCCAGUUGUCAUUAUUAGCUAAAAUGCGUACUGAGCCAAAAAAUAAAAUGAACUCAAAAUGCCUUUUAAUCAGCAUUUUAAAAGUAAAUGAUGGGGUGGCUGUUCAGUCAUGCACUGUGACUAACAGUGAAGCUGUGACACUGUAGUAACCCUAAUGGCAUUGUGGAGUGAAUGGGCUUCCUUUAGUGCAUUGGACCUGCAACGUUGACUGUUGUUGUUCAGUCACUUUUAUUUAUCAUACAGUCUAUUGAUGUCGUUUUCUCCCCUUUCUUUACUGAUUGUUGUCAUUAACCUCUGACCGCUCACCUUAAACCCUCCUUCACUCGACUGUUUAAACAAGUGAAGCUUAAAUGUGUCGACGCUGUUGCUGUUAAUCACUUUGCAUAUUUUGUGUGUUUGUUUUCUAAAACCAUUACCAUUGUUCACAUUGCAUCACUCUUAUCUGCUGACCGCUUGUUGCAUGUGCAGCAUCUCUUUCUCCAAUUUUAACCCUUAGAAGUCUAGCUACUAUUGUUUUUGCUAUACAGUUUAAAUGUAAUAACUGUAGUUUUGUAAAGAAUUACGUCUACAUUCUGCUUUGACUGUUUUGUAUCGAUGUCAAAAAAUAAAAUAAUGGCAAAAAUGUACUUUUCUUAUGGAAAAAAUUAUCAGCAUCAGACAGAGAUUUGGCUGAUAUUUUAAACCGAUAUAUGAUAAUGUAUCUAUUGUACUUGGGCAGUGCAGAAUGAUUAGGUGAUGCUGGGUUACUGUGCAAAAAAUCUGCGUUUUAUUUAUUUUACUGCAUUUGUAACCUUAAAAAUGUUAUAUUUCUCUGUGAUGUCAGUUCGGGUAGAUUUAAUCCCAAGUUCUAUAUUGUAUAAAACAAUAAACCAAAAUAAACGUUAAAUUUACAAAAAUAAACAACAUUGUAUAUGUUAUAAAUCAGCAGAUAUGUCCAUGAAAAAUAUCGGAUAUCGGCGUUGACUCACAAUUCUUAUAUCUGUGCAUCCCUACAUUUUUUUCUUUCAGCAAAACAGGACAGUCUGCAUAACCAUUUAAUUCCAUCAAAUUCAGACCCUGAUAAAAUAUUUUCUCUUUAACCCACAAACACAAGAGUUGUAUGCAUUGAAAGUUAAGAUUCUGCACUUUUUGUUUUAGUGAGCUGUGAGUUUGAAAUUAUUAAAUGUCCCAUAUCAUGGAAAACUAAAUAUUUCUUUUCUUUUUUUUAAAUAAAGUUUGAUGUAGUACGUACACAUUGUUAAAGUUUCAAAACAUGCCGUUCACUCUCCAGUCCCUUGAGUUCAUGUAUGAAAGCUAAACGUUUUGAAUUCAUGGUUUUUCUGAUUUUAUGAAAACCAUUUCAUUUACAUAUUUUCAGUGGUUUAGCCCCGCCUAUUCACACCGUUUCAGGUUGCAUUGCUUUUUGAAUGAGGCACUAUACAGGGCAGCCAAUCAGAGCAGAGCUCAUUUACAUACGUCAGUCCUAAGGCACAGUAACAAAAGCAGCCUGUUUAGGGAUAAACUGAGGUUGGAAGACGGUCCUCAGGGGAAAAAUAUAAAAUGCAAGAAAAAUUAAGGCACUUUUAAUCUAAAAUUAGUCUGCUUUUAUUAAUGGACCGUGACAAUUGAGACUUCUAAUGGUUAAAAAAAACUCUAAAAGGUUUUAAAUGUGCUCAUAACACUUCUUCUCAUCCCCACCCCCAUCCCACCCAUACAUCCUCACUCUUGUCCACUCAUUUCAGACCUUCGUUCCAAGUCUAGGGGAAUUCCCCACAGCCAGUCAGUCACCAGCCGGAUAGCCCGCCAACCAGAUCACCACCCAGUCUUCCAUUCUUCCCCCAAGGUCCCAGCAUGCACCACAGCAACAGUCAUCCAACCAUGAUGUCAGAGGAGGCCACACGAGGCAUAGCUGUGGAGAAGUUUGACAGUGUGAAGAAAUGGAGCAUCAACACUUAUAAGUGCACAAAGCAGAUGUUCUCGGAGCGUUUCGGCCGCGGCACGCGGACAGUGGACCUGGAGCUGGAGGCGCAGAUCGACGUCCUCCGCGAAACCAAGCUGAAGUACGAGCACAUCCUGAGACUGGCCCAGGCGCUCAGCGGCCACUUCUACAACAUGGUGCAGACGCAGCAGGCCCUGGGAGACACCUUCGCUGACCUGAGCCAGAAAUCUCCGGAGCUACAGGAUGAGUUUGGCUACAACGCAGAAACACAAAGACUUCUGUGCAAGAAUGGGGAGACGCUUCUCGGUGCCGUCAACUUUUUUGUGUCCAGCAUCAACACCCUGGUCAACAAAACCAUGGAGGACACACUAAUGACCAUUAAGUUGUACGAGAACGCAAGGUUGGAGUAUGAUGCCUACAGGACAGAUCUGGAGGAGCUGAGCGCUGGUCCCCGGGAUGCUGCCACCAUGGUGCGCAUCGAGGUGGCCCAGCAGGAGUACCAGAUCCACAAAGACAAAUACGAGCGCUUACGCAGCGACGUCACCAUCAAGCUGAAGUUCCUGGAGGAGAAUAAGGUGAAGGUGAUGCACAAGCAGCUCCUCCUCUUCCACAAUGCAAUCUCGGCCUACUUCGCCGGGAACCAGCAGCAGCUGGAACAGACUCUCAGGCAGUUCAGCGUGAAGCUGAAGCCCCCCGGCUCAGACAAGCCAUCGUGGCUGGAGGAACAGUGAUUAAGCCGACAGCCUCUAGAGACACAGGCCAACCGGAGGAUGGACUGAUGUAUGGAUAUGCUGACAGAUGGACAUAUGAAUGGAUGAGGUUUCAGUGUUAACCACACUAUGAAAAGAGAUCUGGUUUCAUUUGAAACCAGACUGUAUUUUGGUCAACGAGAGGAGAAACCUCUUCUCAUCUGUCUCUCGAGAUCCUGGAAGUUAUUUUGGAUAUUUUUUUUUGUCACACAAAGUGUAACAUAAUCACAUAUUUGUUCUGUAUGUGAAAGGCACCUUCUAGGGAAGUUAUUUUAAUCACUUUUAUUUCAGAAUGGAAGAGAGUAUAGUGGUUGUGCGUGUGUUUGUGGACAUGAUACGCUGGAAUGAGGGCAUGUGAUGGAAAACUGUUUACACUACAUGUCAUAAUAAGGUAAUUAAUGUAUAUUAUUGUGUAAAUUACAGUGUAAAGUCUCACAUAUCAAAUUAAACAGUUUGAAGAGA